UCAACAGGACCCCACCACUAAGUGCAUCUUUCCCUCUCUACCCCUCUCCACAUUCCGCAGGGAUUGUUCCCUCCGCGACUGCUUGGUCCACAUGUCCCUCCCCACAGAUCUCCCACCUGGCAGUUAAAAGUGUAACUGCUACACCUGUCCCUACACCUCCUCUCUUACCACCAUUCAGGGCCCCAAACAGUCCUUCCAGGUGAGGCAACACUUCAUUUGUGAGUCUGUUGGGGUCAUCUAUUGCAUCCGGUGUUCCUGGUGCGGCCUCUUCUACAUCUGUGAGACCCGACGCAGAUUGGGGGACCGCUUCGUCGAGCACCUCCGCUCCGUCCGCCACAACAGACAGGAUCUCCGGGUUGUCACCCACUUCAAUUCUGCUUCACAUUCCCAUUCGGAUAUGUCCAUUCAUGGCUUCCUCUACUGCCACGAUGAGGCAAAACUCAGGUUGGAGGAGCAACACCUCAUAUACCGUCUGGGUAGUCUCCAGCCCUUUGGCAUCAACAUUGAAUUCUCCAACUUCCAGUAAUUCACUCCUCCAUCCUUCCCCCAUUCCAGUUUCACUCUGCCUCCUCUUCCAGCUGCCUAUCACCUCUCUCAUGAUUCUGCCUUCUUCUACUACCCAUAGUGCUUUCCACUUACAUUCCAUCUUCACCUUUCCUGCCUAUCCCCUCCCUGCUUCCCCUCCCGCACCCCUUGAUCUUUCCCCUUACUGGUUUUUCACUUGGCACCUCCCAGCCUUCUUCUUCCCACCCUGCCCCCACCUUCGUUAUAGGACCCCUGCCCCCUCCCUCUUCAGUCCUGAUGUCGGGUCUCGGCCUGAAACGUUGACUGCUCGUUUCCACGGAUGCUGCCCGACCUGCUGAGUUCCUCCAGCGUGUUGCACACGCAUACACGGACGCACACAUGUCACAAAGAUUAAACAUCAACCAGAAAUGAUCUUGACGAAUGUAUUAAAGGUUAACAGAAUAAAGAACAAUAAGGAAUGGGGAAAAGUAACCUCCAGGCAAGAUCCAAGAUUUAAAUAUUUCUCAUUUCAAUUAUGAUGAAUGGCAAAUUUGAAAGGUUUUAAUGUCAUUAGAUUCCUGAUCAAAUUUAACAUAUGUAUUUUGAGUAAUUUAUACUCCCAAGCUAAUGUUUAUGUUCUAGGUUUCCUGCAUUUAUUGCAGUCCUUUGGUUGCCCUUUCCCCCUCCCACACAAGUUAUGGGGUGAACACACAGUUCUCUGUAAACGAGGACAGGAAGUUCCAUCACUGCAAUAAUACCGCCCCACUCCAAAGCAAAUCUCUGCAGCACCCACACUCUCUGAUGACUGGCCAGUGUUAUCAGUGAUGUUGAGAGGAAAAUUCCCAGUACUUGCUGUGGUUUUCCUAAUCGUUCCUGAACAAACAUUGCAGGGGCAAUCAUCUGACACUGUAGGUGCACAUGCUCAAGGCUGUAGUUUCCAGGGCAAUGGAGUGGAGAUAAAUAAUCCCCAGGUGCCUCUCCACUGUUAUGUGUGAACCAGCAAUAACAUUAGACCUUGACUUUGCUUACAAACCAUUAAUGGUGAAAUGAUUGGUCUGGUGUCAUCAUGAGAGGAACUGACAUGAACUGAUACAGUUGUAAACAUUAGCUACCCUAUCAUCCACUAGAUAGUUCCAGUCUAAUGUCAUGUCAUUCUAAGAAUUUCCCCACCUCUCUUGGUUUAUUAUGUCACGUUCUGAGGAAUAAAGCCUGAUUUAAUAAUUUUCCCACCAAACCUAAACACGAUGACCAUGCCUGGAGGAAGCUCUGCUCAUAUUACAGCCCACCUUGUUCCGGUGCCCACGGCUGUCAAGCUGAGCAAAUAUGAGUCAGUGUUUGGAUUUGGUGGAGGUGCAGAAUAUAAAGACUGAGGGCAGAAUGGUGAGGGCAGAUCGAGAGAGAGAGAAGAGUCUCCUUCACUCUGCAGAACCAGCUGACUGAUCGCACACGAGGCAGAAUGAAAUCCUUCCUGCUCGCCAUCGCUGUCGUGCAGAUCCUGCACUGCUCAGGAGUGCCUCGCACCAAGGAAGCUCUGAGAGCCUCAGUAAUAAAGCUGAAUGAAAUCACCGAGAUCACCAACCUCUGUGGUAUCAGCAGGAGAGGCGUGACAAAUGCCUGUCGUACUGGCAAAUUGUCAUACAAGGUGGACUUGACCUUCUCUGUGAAAGAAACCGUCUGUUCCAAAAACUCCAGCCUGGAAUUUGAUCAUCCCACCUGUCUCUUCCGCCCCAAAAAGAUUGCUGAGAAAGGGUUUUGCAAGAGCCAUGUUGAAUUUUUUGCUGACAAGGUGGCUGAUGUUGAUGUGGAGUGUAACGGUCUAAAGACGGUUGACAGCGCGAGUAACUCAUUGGAGUCGAGUGAAACCAGCUUUGAGGUGGAAAAGAAAUCAAAUGAAACAGCAGUUGAGGAGGUGGCAAAUGUGAAGAAUCAGACAACAGAAGCAUCACUCAUGAAGCCUUUGAAUGUGGAAAUCGAUUCAAUAGAAUUAUCACAGGAGGUCCAUUCCAAUGAACAAAAUGAUAAAUCAAGAGGGAGACAACGAAAUGACAAAUCAAGAGGGAGACGACGAAAUGACAAAUCAAGAGGGAGACGACGAAAUGACAAAUCAAGAGGGAGACGACGAAAUGGCAAAUCAAGAGGGAGAUACUAAUCAUGAAUGAAAAUACAGGGCGUCUGAGCUCUACCUGAACACAAGACCUCAUUCAGAAUAUACAACUUGUUAACAUUAUACUGUACUCAUUCAUAUAUACGCUUGAGGAGCCUGGAGCUCCUGACUGUACAUUUUAUUGUAACAGAGAGAUAUGAUUGUUUAUAA